AAAGCCUCUGGAAGGCAUGCUACAAAACAUCAAAGCUGCCGAGGAUGUCGACGACUGCCAUGGUUCUGUUCUUCGAGUUCCUGGUUGCUAUGGGCGCGGCGAUUCUCACCAUCAUAGCAAUGCCGCACUUGGACAUCGUGACCAACAUAACGAUACUGAGCAGUGUGGCCGUCCUCUCGGCGUUCCUUCAGGUGAUCACUCAGUGCACCGCCAGGGCGAGGAACUGCUUCCUGGCGCCGUCCAUCAUCGCCGUGCUCCUCAUUUUGCUCGGUUAUGGCCUGUUCGUCUACCUGUACAUCACAAAGGACCUCACUGAUACCAAGACAAUCGUUUGGGUGGGACUGGCUGUUGGUGGGUCCUUCUUGAUGUCUUUUAACUGGUGGGAGAACUACUUCAGGCUGAUCAGCAAGAACAGCCGAUCCGUCUUCCUCGACAAGCUGAUGAAAGACGUGAAAAAGUGCCAGAACAUCCUUCACAUCCUCUCCAGCCUGCUCAGGAUCGCGGUGACCGCCGCCGUGCUCGGAGCCUACGUCCCUCUGGACGGGAUGGACUGGGAAAUCGUGACCGCCAUCCCGAGCCGCGAGACAAGAAUUAUAGCCAUCAUCAUCGGGGUCCAGCUGAUCUCCUCCGCACUCUGCCACUGGUUUGCAUUGGUGGCCUGCAAGAUGCACGCCCUGCGACGGUGCUUCAUCCUGCCUUUGUACCUGGCCUCUCUGGCCGUCAUGGUUCUCUUCAUUGUCCCCGUCAUCGUUUACUUUGAAGACUACAAAACAAGUCUGAACGGGACCUCGAUUGACUUCGCAGGCUACUGCAACCAAGUCGUCGAUGCAAGAAACCAAAGCCUGACCGGCAGCGUGUUCCCGGAACUGGUUCUGGAUGUUACACACACUCUGUGCUUCCUGGACAUGUCCAGGAUAGCCGACAUUGGUCUACUGACAGAGGACCCAAGACCUGUUUGUAAGGAGGCUGUAUGA